AUGACUGACACCGGGAACCUUAAGACUUGCUAUGAGGGUAAUGACCAUUGCAAGGUGUUCAAUGAUUCCAUCCAUGGUCAUGUGGAGUUGCACCCGCUUCUCGUCAAAAUUAUUGACACACCUCAGUUCCAGAGACUACGAAACAUCAAGCAGCUGGGAGGGGGCUAUUUCGUUUUCCCUGGAGCAUCCCACAACCGCUUUGAACACUCAAUCGGGGUGGCGUACUUAGCAGGAGAGCUUGUACGAAAUCUGAAAACACAGCAACCAGAACUCGACAUCACUCCCAGAGAUGAACUUUGUGUGGAGAUUGCUGGUCUUUGUCAUGACCUGGGACAUGGACCCUUUUCUCAUCUGUUUGAUGGAAUGUUCAUCCGCAAAGCACGUCCAGGACUGAACUGGAAGCAUGAGACUGCCUCUAUACAGAUGUUUGAAUACCUGGUGAAUGCUAAUGGUCUACAGCCAGUGAUGAAGAAGUAUGGCCUAGAGCUCCCUAAGGACCAGAAUUUCAUCAAGGAAAUGAUUGCAGGACCUCUGGGCACUAAUGCAGGUCAAGGCCAGGAGUGGCCAUAUAAAGGCCGACCAAAGAACAAGUCCUUCCUCUAUGAAAUCGUGGCCAACAAAAGAACGGGCAUUGAUGUGGACAAGUUUGACUACUUUGCCAGGGACUGCCACCACCUGGGCAUUCAGAACAACUUUGACCAUCGCCGGUUCAUCAUGUUAGCCAGGGUGUGUGAGGUGGCUGGAAAGAAGCACAUCUGUGUUAGAGACAAGGAAAUUGGAAAUGUGUGUGACAUGUUCUACACAAGGAUCAGUCUCCACAGAAGAGCCUACCAGCACAGAGUGAACAAGAUCAUAGAGUCUAUGAUCACAGAGGCCUUUUUAAAGGCAGAUGAGCACAUCCAGAUUGAAGGCAAAGGAGGGAAGAAGUUCACUCUCUCCAAAGCCAUAGAUGACAUGGAGGCCUAUACCAAGCUGACAGAUUGUGUGUUUGAACAAAUACUCACCUCCUCCUCUGAAGACCUGAAGGAGGCUAAGGGGAUUCUGCAAAGGAUUCAAUCUCGACAACUUUACAAGUUUCUGGGCCAAACAAAGGCCAUGACCCUCCCUCAGAAGAUGAUUUCCACUUGGAAAGAGGAAUUGGUUAAAGCCCUCCCUCAGACUGAUCCUCAGGUUGGGCUACAGCCAGAUGACUUUGAAAUUCUAGUGAUCACAAUGAACUAUGGGAAGAAAGACAAGAAUCCUGUGAAUGAAAUGUAUUUCUACAGCAAGAAUGAUAAUACCAAAGCUAAACAGAUCCCUGAAGGACAGAUGUCUGAGCUGCGUCCAACAUGCUUUUCUGAGACACUGAUCAUGGUUUACUGCAAGAAGACUGAUAACGAGAGUGCUAAGAAACACUUUGUCAAGUGGAGCGAGGACAAGGGCUUUCAGGUUGGAGAGACAGUUGGACUGUAG